ACGAGGGAUCAAAGCAGCAGAUUAGAGCCAAUUGCCUGCCUCGGGGACGGCCAGCCCUUCCAGGCCUGGCGACGGUGGAGGGAGGGGAGAGACGAACCGAACGCCGCUGCGGGAAGACGCUGAAGCAAGAGCGACACCCCCUCCCGCCCCCCACCUUGCAGCGCAGGCUUUGAAAGCUGCUCCCCCAUCUGAAUGGAAAGUCGGAACCGCCGGGCGGCGCGUUCCUUCUCGCCCAGCCUUGCGAUCCAUGCGGAGAGGAAAGCGGUGCGAGCCCGCGCCAGCGCCCAGCUCCCGGGACAGGGCCGGCAGUGCUGCUGAGCAGAACUUGAUCGUGCCCUUUCCUCGCUGCUAGUGGAAGCGAUGCUGCACGGUACAGCCAGCGCUGCCCAGGCUCUCCUUCAGGCUGAAGGUUACCCACCCGCGCAGACAGCCCCAGCCCUGUGAGCGGCGCGCCGGUCCCGGCUCCGGCUGCUUGGCGGCGGCGCGCAGGGUAACGACCGGGCCGCCCGCGCCGGGGCGCACUGCAUCAGCGGCUUCGGCUUGGUGGAUGUGUAUGCAUGAGUUCUGCACCGAAUGGGCGCAAAAAGCGCCCCGGCCGGUCCACCCGCUCCUCGAUCUUCCAGAUCAGCAAGCCCCCGCUGCAGAGCGGGGAUUGGGAGCGCAGGGGCAGCGUCUCCGAGAGCGCCCACAAGACCCAACGAGCCCUGGACGACUGCAAGAUGCUCGUCCAAGAGUUCAACACGCAAGUAGCCCUGUACCGAGAGUUGGUCAUUUCUAUUGGGGACGUCUCGGUCAGUUGCCCUUCACUCCGGGCAGAAAUGCACAAGACAAGAACCAAAGGCUGUGAAAUGGCCCGUCAGGCACACCAAAAACUGGCUGCCAUCUCGGGCCCGGAAGAUGGUGAGAUCCAUCCAGAAAUCUGUCGGCUUUACAUCCAGCUGCAGUGCUGCUUAGAAAUGUACACAACAGAGAUGCUAAAAUCCAUAUGUCUACUGGGGUCUCUUCAGUUUCAUCGAAAAGGAAAGGAACCUGGUGGAGGAACCAAGAAUUUGGAUUGCAAAAUUGAGGAGUGUGCUGAAACACCUGCCCUCGAGGACUCCUUGUCAUCCCCUGUAGAUAGUCAGCAACAUUCCUGGCAGGUUUCCACAGACAUUGAGAACACUGAAAGAGACAUGCGAGAAAUGAAAAAUCUUUUAAGCAAACUCAGGGAAACUAUGCCUUUACCAUUGAAAAAUCAAGAUGACAGCAGCCUUCUGAAUCUAACUCCCUAUCCCCUGGUUAGAAGACGGAAGAGAAGGUUCUUUGGGCUAUGUUGUCUCGUCUCAAGCUAGGCAGUUCCUCCUGGAAACCCACCAUUGGGAACACCUGAAAAAAAAAUCACAAAACCCGAGGACCUCCAGACAGCUGAACCACACAGUUAUUGGUUUUUGACUAUGUUUUCUAUGCUUCCUUAUUACUUUUAUCCACCUUCCCCACCCUUUUAAAUAAUUUUACACUUGAAAGCAGCUGCCAUCAAGAAAAAAAGAACAGAUUUAAAAAGCAGGCUGUUUUUAAAAGGAUUUUUAAAGCCGACAUUGUGCAUGUCUGCUCCAAACCAUGCCAUAACAGAUGCAAGAAUUAUGAUUUUUAAAUUAUUUAAAGGUUUUUUUAAUGUAUUAUACAGAGAAAAAUUAUUUCACAUGUAAUAGUAUCUCUAUAGCAAUUGAUGAUCUCAUGUUAACAAAUUAUCACAUAUGAAAGGAGUCUUUAAACAUAGAAAUCUAUUUAAAACUGCAAAACCAUGUUCAAAACUCCAAUCUAUCAAUAUCAUUAGAAAUAAUAUUAUAACCAAACAUAUACCACUUCACCUAUUGCUUUCUCUGCACUCAUUUACAUUUAGUCUUCCAUUCUGUCAGAAUCUAAGAGCUUCAGCAUAAAAAUAUCUUAAUUUAUAAUGCAACAAAAACCAUAUAUGAAAAGUACUUAAAUUUUGUAAAUACACAAUAAUCCUAAUACCUUCGUACAAUGCAUAUGGGCAAAUAAUUUCCUUUUGAUCCAAUGGUGUCUUUUUCAGCUUCUUGGAGAAUGAAGUAAUUCAGUUAGAAAUGGUGUAGUAACAUAUACAAUUACCCUCAAAUGUAAAAUUGAAUAUUAUCACAUUUUGUUCUAAUUGAAAUCUGAAGCAUGGUGUCUGCACAUCAGCAUAGUGUUAAAUCUUAUAGGGCAUGCUGGAAUUAGCUCAGAUCGUAAAAAUAUUUAACAUUUUACAUUGUUAAUAAAAUUUUUUUAAUUAAGCUAA